AUGCUUAAGGAGCGCCCUGGGAUGGCAGAAGAGCCUCAGCAACAAAUGAGUGUUCCUGUGGUGAAGCUGGAGAAGGAGUUGCCAUGGGGCAAAGCAAGGGAGGACGCGAGCCCUGAGACGUUCCGUCUGAGGUUCCGGCAGUUCCGCUACCAGGAGGCAGCCGGGCCCCAGGAAGCUCUCCGGGUCCUGCAGGAGCUCUGCCGCCAGUGGCUGCGGCCCGAGCUGCACACCAAGGAGCAGAUCCUGGAGCUGCUGGUGCUGGAGCAGUUCCUGACCAUCCUGCCCCCGGAGUUCUAUGCCUGGAUUCGGGAGCACUGUCCAGAGAGCAGCAAGACCCUGGUGGCCAUGAUGGAAGACAUGACAGAGAGAGCCCUGGAGGCCAAGGCGGUUCCAUGCCACGUGCAGGGAGAGCAGGACGAGACGGCACUUUGCAGAAGCCCUUGGGAAUCAGGUGUCCACCUGGGACCGGUGGAGGUCAAGCCCGAGUGGGGUUUGCCUCAUGGGGAAGGAGUUCAAGGCCUCGAUCAGAGCACAGAGAACCAACUGAGUCAGGGCCCUGGAGAUGGGACGCCGGCUUUCCAGGAGCAGGCUCUGCCUCUUCUUCAUGCCGGGCCAGGCCUCCCCUCAGUGAACACCAGAGACCCAGAGAUGACAGCUGGCUUCCUCACGGCUGGACCCCAGGGUUUGGCACCGUUUAAAGACAUGGCUCUGGCCUUCCCUGAGGAGGAGUGGAGGCACGUGACCCCGGCUCAGAUUGACUGCUUUGGUGAAUAUGUAGAACCAGAAGUCUGUGGGGUCUCCUCUCCAGGCAUCGGGAGAAAGGAGAAGGACAUCAAAACCCAGCCAGAAGACAUUAAAGGGCCGCUUGCCGGACUGACCUCAGAGAGGUUUGAGGAGGCCGUUCUCCAGGGCCCUGAGCUUGGAAGACCCUGUGACCAGGAGCCCAGUAGCUCCGUGGCUCACAUGCCGGGACUUCCUGCACCCCAGCAUGGUGUCAUACCCUUGCCCGAUGACCUCAAGACUCACAGCUCCUUCUGGAAGCCUUUCCAGUGCCCCGAGUGUGGGAAGGGCUUCAGCCGCAGCUCAAAUCUUGUCCGACACCAGCGAACCCAUGAGGAGGAGAAAUCUUACGGCUGUGUGGAAUGCGGGAAAGGUUUUACUCUCAGAGAGUACCUCAUGAAGCACCAGAGAACCCACUUAGGCAAGAGACCUUAUGUAUGUAGCGAGUGUUGGAAAACCUUCAGCCAGAGACACCAUCUCGAGGUGCACCAACGCAGUCACACCGGGGAGAAGCCCUACAAGUGCACCGACUGCUGGAAGAGCUUUAGUCGCAGGCAGCACCUGCAGGUGCACCGCAGGACGCACACGGGGGAGAAGCCCUACACCUGUGAGUGCGGCAAGAGCUUCAGCAGGAACGCCAACCUGGCGGUGCACCGGCGCGCACACACCGGGGAGAAGCCUUACGGCUGCCAGGUGUGUGGGAAGCGGUUCAGUAAGGGGGAGCGGCUGGUCCGACACCAGAGGAUCCACACGGGCGAGAAACCCUACCACUGCCCCGCCUGUGGGAGAAGCUUCAACCAGAGGUCCAUCCUCAACCGACACCAGAAAACCCAGCACCGCCAGGAAGCCCCCGGGGCCGUGAAGGCACCUUGCUGA